GGAUGACGUGUACUUCCUCAUUGUUGCUCCUCCCAAUUCAAAGAUGGCAGCCAUGGGACAGAGACCAGCAUUAGCACAAAUUUAAGUAUUUUGUCAAGAAACUACAUCUUUGCGGAGCUCUGCCGCGUGCCAGCCUUUGCAUUCACGGUGAUGUUUUUACUCACUGCUAAUGUGUCUUCUGAAAAACGGCUUUUAAAGAGGUAAACAAUACAAUGUUUUACAACGGGCUAAGCUAAAGCUAGCAAGCAGCGCUUAGCAAAUAAAUGAACUUGACUGUUUUUGCCUCGAACACGACGCAUCUGCUCUGCAUACGCGGUGUUUACAUUAAAUUAGAUCACCUUCAUCAUGGCCAUCACUCAAUUCCGUCUGUUCAAGAUCUGCACAUGUUUAGCCAGCAUCCUCUCCUUUCUGAAAAGGUUGAUAUGCAGGAGUGGAAGAGGACGCAAACUCAGUGGAGAUCAAAUAACUCUUCCAACAACGGUGGAUUUUUCCUCCUCUUUACAAAAGCAGCCAGAGAUUGAAGACUGGAGCUCCUGGGACGAAGAUGCUCCCACAAGUAUUAAGAUCGAAGGUGGCAACGGUACCAUCUCCCCUCCACCCAAUGAGGAAGAAGAAGAGCCGGACUACUUUAAAGACAUGGCCCCCACCAUCAGGAAGACACAAAAGAUUGUGCUGAAGAAGAGGGAACCCAUGAACUACCAGGCUCCUGACGGCUCGGCAGGAUUCUCCAGCAGGCUGGCAGCUUCCCAGGACAUGAUGGCCUUCAGUCCACCUUCAGCUGAACUGGGGGAAAUGGAAACCUGGCAGGAAGACGCCAACGCCUGGGAGGACGAGUCUAAUGCUGUCUGGGAGGCAGAAGACGUGCUAAGGCAGCAGAAGCUGGCUGAGAGAGAGAAGCGGUUCAUGGAGCAGCAGCGGAAAAAGUUGGAGAAAGAGGCUCAGAGAAUGCUGAAGAAAGAGCAAAAAAUUGCCGUCAAGCUUUCAUAACAUUUUAAAGAAUCUCAGUUUUGAGCCUUAUGGGACUGGGCUGGGGACAGAGACACUGAUCUAUCAUGAAUUUGUCUUUCAAGUAAUUAAACCUACCUGGAUUCUCAUUGUAUCCCGGUUAUUCUUUUUUGUAAAAUGACCUUCAGCUGCAGCGCUGUAGCAUUAGUCUCAGGAGCAGGUGAUACACGUCAUCACAUUCUUUGGGUUCUGUUUUUGGAUCUGAUGGGUCUGAAAGCAGCUUUUUCUUUUUCCUUAGAAUCAUUUGUGAAUAAUAUAAUACCUGUGCUUCAUUUGGAAAACUCAGAUCAAGAGUGCAGUAAUUUAUUUUUGCAUCACCUGUGAACCAGUGACAUCCUUUGGUUUGCUGCUUAUGUUUUUAUAUUGUCAGACAUUUCUGUUUUUAAUGAAUGUUUCUUGUUUCAUCUAUACUGUGGAGCCCUCACACUGAAGGUCUGCAAAAUAAUAAAAACCUGGAGCUUUACAAA